AAAAAUGGCGUCUCUUCAUAAGUUCAAUCUGACAGUUACGUUACGAAAGUGAAUUUAUAUAAAAUCACCUUAAUAUUAUUAUUAAAAUGUCAUUUAUCUUAUCUAUUAAAAAUGCCGUUUGACAGCUUAAGCAAACCAUCCUCAAAAAAAAUAAAUUUUGAAAAGUCUGUGGAACAAAUAAGCCUCCAAGAUGACAGUGAGGAUAUUCCUUAAAGAAAUCGAGCAAUUUCGCAAAAUACGCGAAGAGUCCAAAACCGAAUACUUAAACUCAACCCACGACUUUGGUCAAAAUAAUUCCUUCACCAUGGAUCAACCUUCGCCUGUACCUUUACCCACAGAAAAGUUUUACGAUACUUUAAUAGAAAAAAUGCCUUUGAGUUAUGAAAACAACAAGUUGGCAGAGAUAAAAGAGUUGGUGGAAGGCAAUUGUAGUUUUCCUAAAUUAAUAAGAUCCAAAAGCAAUUUGAAGAAACGUAUAAACAUUUCUACUAAAAAUGAUACUUUGGAAACCUCUUUGUUUCACAGCAGUGUUAGUGAGUAUGAAAAUAUAGAUUUAAGUUUAAAUGCAACUAUUUUGAAGCCUUUGGAGGAACAUAUUGAAAUGGCUAAAGAUAAAUCGGAGAAGUUUGUGACUCAAUUCGGUAAUAUAGACUUGGUUAAGGAUAAAUUGAUGAAUGAAAGCGAUAGCGAGAAGUUGUGCAAUAAUAUAAAAGAGGCUAGCAGGUUUUUGAGUAGUUUGAGACAGUAUCACGAAGAGUCUAAAAGCAUAGAAGAGUCUGCGAAAAAAAUAUCAUCAGCACCUGUGAAAGACAACGACAAUAAUAAUUCCAUCUACAAAGAACUCACAAACGAAUUGAUUGCCGGCAUGGAAGAGAUACAACAGCUUGUUAAUUCAAUAUAGAAAAUAUUAUCUUAACUUAUUUA